GCGUUUCAUUGUUUCCGACAUUAAUUAGUUUCGACAGGAAAGAUAGUAAAUGUUUAUACGGCCUUUGCUUUCCGAUCCAAUCCAAUCCACUUUAUUUAUAUAGCGUAUUUUUAGCAAACACAAGGUUUCCAAAUGUGAAACACAAUAAAUGGAUAACACAAUAAAAGCAAAAUAAAAAAGAUAAGUAGACAAUAAAAUGAUAAAAUACAAUAAGAUAAAACAAAAAUAGAAUAAAAUAGAUAAAAUGCCCUGCCUGCACAAAAUGAAAUAUGCAUCUAUACACAUAAAAUCACGAAAUCAUAAAAUCAACACUCUACGUGGUGUCAAAAGCCAAAGAGAAGAGGUGGGUUUUAAGAAGAGACUUAAAAUGAGACAGUGAGGAGGCCUGUCUAAUGUGCAGCUGCAAUUCAUUCCAAAGUUUUGGAGCUACAAUGGUAAACGCUCGUUCCCCUUUGAGCUUCAGCCUAGCUCUCGGCACUGUCAGGAGCAGCUGGUCAGCUGACCUGAGAGACCGGUUGGGAGUGUAAGGGUGCAGCAGCUCAGAGAGGUAAGGUGGGGCAAGGCCAUUAAAGGCUUUAAAAGCUAAUAAAAUAAUUUGAAAAUUAAUCCUUAUAUGGACGGGCAGCCAGUGCAGUAAAGUGGUUAUUCUUCCUUUUCCUCUUAAGACAUGUUUGACUUACAGAAUAACUUAUAGCUUGUAUAUUUUAAACCCUUGUUUAAACACACUGGCGCACCCUGCUUUUUUAAUCCAAGUGUUUGUUAAUGUGACAGGAAGGAAGGUGGCAUUCUAAGUGGGAUUUUCCACGCAGUCCAACUCUGAUGACAAGGUCUGUUACAGUUCAUGUGAGGUCUACUGUAGAAUUCCUAAACUUCAUGAUACCAAAUAAAUGUUACUUGAGUAGUGACCAAGUGGUGAAAACAUCUCCUCAUGGCCAAGCAGCCUAAAAGGCUCUGACAUUUUGGUGAAAUAAUUAUAAAUAAAAUAAAAUGAAUAAUAAAAUAAUAAAUAACUACUCAUUAUACUUUAGAAUGAUAUAAUCAACCACAUUCUUAUCUCAAUUUGUGGAAUAGAUCAUAUAAUGGAAGAGAAAAUGCUAAGAUAGAGCAUGCAGUAAACACACACACACAAACACACACACACACACACACACACACACACACACACACACACACACACACACAUUGUAUAGUUGUAUAGGUAAACCCUGAAAUGAACCACAGGAUAAACAAGUCUUGACUUGAUGAGCGUAAUUCCAGUCAAUGUAAUCUUCCCACACACCAGUUUAUGGGAAACUACACACACUGACUCACACAAACAUAAGAGGGUCCCUCCUCCUGAGCGUGUGUGUGUGGGUGGAGUAAAACUCCUGUGGGAAGACUUGAGCCCCACAUGCCUCAAAUUCCCUCCACUCUUGUUUUCAGCCAUACCAGGGCAGAGGCUCUUCUGUUUCCCAGCCAUGCCUGCGCUGUGGAGAUUCAUGCUGUUUUGGAUUUGUGUCUGCAUCUGGCUUCCAGCUCAGGGAGCUCUGGUCGUUUCACGCAAAGGUGCUCUGACGCAGGAGACCAAAGAAGCGAUGGGCCCAAGGUCAAUUAAGAAAAGGAGCACAAACUCUGCAAACAUGAUGGAGGUGUACAGUGUGAAAGUGGACUGCACUGUGACGUCUCGUUUCGCCCACACCGUCAUGACCUCCAAGGCUCGGAACAAAGCAAACGUUUCCCAGGAAAUCUUCUUCGAAGUUGAGCUGCCUAAGACCGCCUUCAUCGCCAACUUCAGCAUGGAAAUUGAAGGACAGGUGUAUGUUGGGGAGGUGAAGGGGAAGGAGAAAGCAAAGAAACAGUAUGAGAAGGCUGUUUCCUCUGGACAGACUGCUGGACUGGUCAAGGCUUCAGGAAGAAACAUGGAGACGUUUUCUGUGUCUGUCAACAUCGCAGCCAAAAGUAACGUGUCAUUCAUUCUGACCUACGAGGAGCUCCUUCAGAGGAAACUGGGCCAGUAUGAGAUUCUGACUCGAGUUAAACCCAAACAACCGGUGCAGGAGUUUCAGAUUGUUGUAAACAUCUUUGAGCCCCAGGGCAUUGAUUUUGUUGAGGCCACUGCUACAUUCCUCUCCAAUGAGCUGCUCCCCCUGGUGGAGAAAACCGUCACAGACACAAAGGCACACAUCUCUUUCUCCCCAACACUGGAGCAGCAGAGGAAAUGUCCAGGAUGUGAAGGCAACAUAAUUGAUGGAGAUUUCAUCAUCAAGUACGAUGUGAAACGAGCAAAGGACCUAGGGGCAGUUCAGAUUGUAAAUGGAUACUUUGUGCACUUCUUCGCGCCCCCUGACCUGGCCAGAGUCCCAAAAAAUGUGGUGUUUGUGAUUGACAGGAGUGGAUCGAUGAGUGGAAGAAAGAUUGAUCAGACCCGGGAUGCCAUGGUCGCCAUUCUGGAAGACCUCCAUGAAGAGGACAACUUUGCUUUGAUCCUUUUUGAUAGUUCAAUUGUCACCUGGAGGGACUUUCUUACCAAAGCAACAAAGGGAAAUGUGACUAACGCUAUUACCUACAUCAAGAAACUAAAAGACAGAGGAUCCACCAAUAUUAAUGAUGCUGUACUGAAGGCAGUGGAAAUGCUAAAGAGAGAAAGAGGAAAGAAGAACCUUCCAGAGAGGAGUACAGAUAUGAUUAUUUUACUGACUGAUGGGAUGCCAAAUGUUGGGGAGUCCAACACCCCAAAGCUUCAGGAGAAUGUGCGCUCUGCUAUCGGGGGGAACAUGUCACUGUUCUGUCUUGGAUUUGGAAAUGAUGUGGUAUUCUCCUUCUUGGAUGUGAUGGCCAAAGAAAACAAUGGACUUGCCCGUAGAAUUUUUGAGGGUUCAGAUGCAGCCAUUCAACUUCAGGGUUUCUACGAGGAGGUGUCCAGUCCUCUGCUCUUGGAGGUGGACCUUCGUUAUCCUGACAGUGCAGUGGGCUUCUUGACCAAAAACCACUACAGCCAGUUGUUUAACGGCACAGAGAUCGUGGUGGCUGGUCGGCUUAAAGACAAUAACCUGGACAACUUCUUAGUGGAAGUGUUUGCUCAAGGGCCUAAAGAGGACUUCCUGGUGCAGGGACAGGCCAGCGUCUUAGACUUGGAUGUGAUCUACCCAGAACAAGAGUACAUCUUUCGGAAUUUCUCAGAGCGUCUUUGGGCCUACCUCACCAUCCAACAGCUACUGGAGAAAAGUGAGAUUGGCUCUCAGCAGGAGAAAGAAAAUGCAAAAGCCAAGGCCCUGGACAUGUCCCUGCAAUACAGCUUUGUCACCCCUCUCACCUCCAUGGUAGUCACCAAGCCUGAAACUGAGGAUGGACCAGACAGCCCUCUCAUCGCUGAUAAGCUGACUGAGGCCCAGCGACAGGAAGCAGAGAGAAACGGGGGUUUAAGCAGUUCUCAAGGUAGCAGUUCUCGGGGUAGCAGUUCUCGAGGUAGCAGUUCUCGAGGUAGCAGUUCUCGAGGUAGCAGUUCUCGAGGUAGCAGUUCUCGAGGUAGCAGUUCUCGAGGUAGCAGUUCUCGAGGUAGCAGUUCUCGAGGUGGCAGCUCAGAUGCGGACGGAGAUCCUCAUUUCAUGAUAGAGCUGCCAGACAAAGACGACGCUCUGUGCUUCGACAUCAAUGACAAACCAGGAACCAUUUUCAACCUGGUUAAAGACCCAAAAUCAGGCUUUGUGGUGAAUGGCCAAAUUAUUGGCAAGAAGAAAGUUAAGGAGGAUGGUAACUUCAAGACCUACUUUGGCCGUUUUGGUAUCGUCCACAAGAAGCUGGGGGUGCAGCUGGAUGUGAGCACUCAGCAUAUCUCAGUUUUCUAUAAUGGAAAGCAGGUCAAGCUCCUGUGGUCUGAUACAGCCUCUAUCAAAGAAACAGAUAUGGACCUCAGGCUGAGUAAGAACAGCAGCCUGACGGUGACACUGAGGCACUCAGUUAAAUUUAUGGUCAUUAGACACACAAAGGUUUGGAAGAGACGCCACGACCAACAGGACUACCUGGGUUUCUACACCCUGGACAGCCACCACUUGUCUGCUUCGGUUCAUGGACUGCUAGGUCAGUUCUAUCAUGGGGUUGGGUUUGAGGUGACAGACCUGCGUCCAGAUGAGGUCCAAGAGAAGUUAGAUGCCACCAUGUACGUGAAGGGACACACAAUCAACGUGACCAGACACUGGCAGAAGGACUUCAGCAGGGACGUGAAGAAUGGGGAAAAUAUUCCCUGCUGGUUUAUUAACGAAGAUGGAGCAGGCCUCAUUGAUGGAAGAGCCUUAGACUACAUUGUGUCAGGGCUUUUCAAGGCUACUUUUUGAAUCUUGAAAUAUCAAAAUCUAAGUGGCAGGCAAUGCACCGGGGCCACAUUAUUAUGGUGACAGAUAGCAGAUUAUAGUGAGUCACAGUCUUCGUUCAUAUGUUACAAACAGCAUAAUUACAGUUUGAGCACUACAUAUCUUGUCUUUGUGCUGUAUUCAGUUGAAUGUCUCAGAGGAUUUUUGCAAAAUGAUUUUCAAAUCACUUCAUUUUGUUUUUGUUACGUUAUCCCAGUAUCAAAACUUUUUUGGAACCUGGGUUGUAAAUCUGCAGUCUUCACAUACCUAAUUAAUGUAUCUACACUUCUUUGCAAUCAACAAAAUAU